ACCAAGGAGAACGCAGACAGUUGUGCUGUCGACCUACAUGUAGCUCUUGUACAGAGAGACCAUGAAAAGCAGCGUUUCCAGCCAAGAUGAACCACAUCUGAAAGGCUAAAGAGGGAAGUGUAAUUCAUAAAACCACCAAGAAGAGGCCUGUAGGAGAGGUGGAGCAUCCAGACAUGCCCAGAGGCCUCAGCUGCCUGUCCAGCCCGGAGGGGGCCCACGGCAGGUAUGAAACCCCCCCAGCUUCAGAGCUCCACAGGCUGAUGUGGACGAAGAAAGGGACCAGCAACCAUCUGGAUGAGGUUCAGCCCAGGAUCUAUAUUGGAGACAUGUACGCAGCCAAAGACAAGAGGACUCUCCAGGCUCACCACAUCACCCAUGUGCUUAAUGCUGCUGAUGGAAAGUUCAACGUGAACACGGGGCCCAGCUACUACCGAGACACCAAAAUCACUUAUCAUGGAGUGGAAGCUUUUGACAUGCCGUCCUUUAACUUGAGUCCCUUCUUUUACCCAGCAGCCAAUUUCAUCAAGAACGCUUUGAGCUCACCCACAGGUAAAGUGUUCGUCCACUGUGCGAUGGGUCUCAGCCGCUCGUCCACCUUGGUCCUGGCCUACCUGAUGAUCCAUGAGAACAUGACGCUGGUGGACGCCAUGAAAGCUGUCAGCUGCAACAGGAACAUUUCACCUAAUGAAGGUUUCUUAGAGCAGCUCCGAGAGCUGGACAAAAAGCUGCACUGCCAAGGAUCAUCACGGAGCUGGAGCGCCAAUGGACGGACUUAAAAAUUCAAUCAGUCCAUAUAUAUUGAUUAUAUUGUUGCCUCCUGUUGAUAUUUGAGUUUGAAGCAGCUCCUACAAUGAAGAUAUGCAUGUAAAACAUGUUCUAAUUGUCUUCACAUUUUAAGAUAAAUUACAUUUUUGUGAAGAAAUGAAAGGUUUUUGUAGUGAGAAAUAUUACCUAAAGAUCAAAACCAGCAAUUACAGUAGCUUAUUUUCCAAUGACUAAUAAAACAGCUUUGAAAGUGA